AUGGCUUAUGACGAGCCACAUAACAUCCCCAUAGCUAUCGUGAACCGGGAGUCCAAUGGGACGGCACUACUGUCCCACCAAUUCGUAGACCUAUUGGACAGUCAAUUGUUUUUCAAACGCCUGUACGACACAAACACAACGGCAUACGAGUCGGUGGUGUUGGGCAAAAACAUACUGUCCAUUGUAUUGGACGAGGAGUUUAGCCAUAAGUUUCAUCAACUGAACCCCGGGAUGUUGAUUACGACGAUGGAAAUUUCACAGAUGACCGUUCAUGUGGCAAAUAUUUAUCGCAUUCAUGACAUUUCCUUCAUGGGCUACAACAGGCCUAUUAUGGCCGAUAGAGUCAAUGCCAGGGGUACUACAUCACCUUUUUAA